AUGUCCACGCCGUUCAAUCCUGUGCCUGCCGAGAGAGUUGGAGAUCAAUCUGCUUCAAUUUGGACUGAGUUCGCUGCUCUCGCUGUUGAGAAUAAAGCUGUCAAUCUCGGUCAAGGAUUCCCAGAUGGCUCUGCGCCGAAGUUCGUCACUGAUAUUCUGAAGAAGAUAUCAGAGAAGCCGGAGAUGGUUGAUGGUCAUCAGUACACUCGUGGUUACGGUCAUCCGAAGCUCGUUGAGACUCUUGCAAAAUGGUAUUCGUAUCUCUAUGAAGUUGCUGUCAACGCAUCGGACGACAUUCUCAUCACUGUCGGAGCUUAUCACGCUCUGUACUACGCCUUCCUGGCGUGGAUCAAUGAGGGAGAUGAAGUUAUUAUCAUCGAGCCAGCAUUUGAUUGCUACGGACCUCAAAUCAAGUUCGCUGGAGGCGUUCCAGUCCCAGUACUGAUGAAGCUUCCGGAAGGAGCUGACCGGGCAUGCGACUUCAAAAUCGAUUUUGUAGAGCUUGAAGCCAAAAUCAACACAAAUACCAAGAUGAUUGUGAUCAACAACCCACACAACCCAACUGGAAAACUUUUCAGCUACUCUGAGCUUCAACGCACUGCCGACCUGGCCAAGAAGUACAACUUGAUCGUUGUCGCUGAUGAAGUCUAUGAGUUCCACGUCGAGAAUACAUUCAACGUACAAGGUGUUUGGAAAAUGGAGAUGGUCCGUUUUGCAAGCCUCCCGGGUAUGUACGAGCGUACCAUCUCGAUUGGAAGUGCCGGAAAAAUCUUCUCCGUGACUGGAUGGAAGCUGGGAUGGGCCAUCGCCCCGAAAAAACUUCUUGCUCCUCUCAAAGCUAAUCAUCAAAACUGUGCUUCCUCUUGCUCCACACCAACCCAAUUGGCAGUUGCAGAAGCACUGGAGUAUGAGUUCCCGAAGUAUCUGUUCAGACCAUUCAAGUCAUAUUUGGCUUAUAAGUUGCCGAAGGAAAUCUGCAAGAAGUGUCGUAAAAUGAGUGUGAUGCUCAAAAAAGCUAAUUUCACUACAAUUUGGCCGGACGCCGGAUUCUUUAUGCUCGCGGAUUAUUCGAAUGUCAAGAAUGUCCCAAACUUCAAGGAAUCCGUCCAAGAAGAGUCUCAAGCAGAAUCUGAUGAACCAGAACCUCAAAUAGAAGUUGAAGACCCAGCCGACUUGAUGUUUGCAAGAUGGUUAUGCCGUGAAAAGAAGAUUGCAGUCAUCCCACUCACUGCGUUUUACUCUACUAAUGAGGACAAGAAUGCGAACGACAAAAUGAUUCGAGUCUGCUUUUUCAAGAAGGAAGAGACUCUCAACAAGGCGAAGAAAGUUCUCGAUAAACUUUCUCAAUAA